AUGAAUCAUGUUUAUAAAUAUGAUCGCAAAUUCCAACAAAUCGGACUUCCUGCCAAAUUAAUUACAAGCUUAGCCGCUACAUCUGCUGACGCAACAGUUGAUGACGUUAUUAUUUCAUGCACAAAGAUGGAAGUUUUAGAGGAUAAAUGCAUUACACCAGGAUACGGUUUAAUUGAAGAAUCAGUUAAAGCAAUACCACGUUUAUUCAGUAAGGAAGAUCCAUUCAUGAUUCCAGCUCAACAUAUUGACGUUCGUUCACUAAAUGGAGGUUGCAUCACUCCUGAAGGUAUCAGCUCAGAUUUCUCAUACGCUCUUCAUAAUGUUACAGAUGUUGUGUUAGCAUUUCCGAAGAAUGCAAUGCAAAGAACAGUUUUAGAAAAUCCAAUGCUUCGAGGUCUUCAGGUCACUAUAGAUUCCAGAAACUUCCCCGAUCAAGCGAUGACCACAGUGG